AUGUCAAUACUAAAUUUUAUUUUAUUAUUGUCAUUCAUUCAAGUCAUUAGGUGUAAAAGCAUAAUUUCUGGGCUACAGAAAUUUUUACCUCCACCAGCUAAAUAUGGAACUCCGACAAUCAUCGAUAAUGUCAUGUCCACGAUCAAUGGCAAUUAUGAAUGGGAAAAGAGUGGAUUAUUUGAAGGUGACAUAGCACUUUAUGAUUCUGACAGAAAUGCUUUAAUAAGUCACUCAUAUCGGUGGCCUAAUGCAACAAUUCCAUUCUAUAUCCAAGAAAAUGAUUUUAAUGAUGAAGAAGUGAAGACAAUUUUGUUGGCUAUAAAGGAAUUCCAUUCAAAAACGUGUCUUAGACUCAAGCCUUAUGAGCUCUUGGACGAGAAUUGGGUAAUAAUAACUGGAAAUGAUCAAGGAUGCUAUUCGUCAGUCGGUAUGAGAUCAGAAGGUGGUCAACAAUUAAAUUUACACACACCGGGAUGUGUCAGGAAAGGUGUUGUUCAGCACGAGUUACUCCAUGCUGCUGGAUUUUACCAUCAACAAAGUUCUUCGGAUCGUGAUGAAUAUGUCGAAAUUUUGUGGGAUAACAUUGAGAAUCGUCAUGCUGGGAAUUUUAAGAAAUAUAAUUCGAGUAUCGUUACUGAUUAUGGUAUAGGAUAUGACUAUGAUUCAAUCAUGCAUUACAGCUCAAAAGCUUUCUCAAGGAACGGUAACGCAACUAUUGUCGCGAAGAAAAAUGUCACUAGAUUAGGUCAGCGCGAUGGAUUUACUGAAAAAGAUAUCUUAAAAUUAAACAGCAUGUAUGAAGAGUCAUGCCAUAAUGCCAAAACUUCUGUUGUAAAUGACGAUAGAAAUGAUUCAGAACUUGAUGUUAUUAAUUGGUUCAAAUCAUUAUUUCAACAAUGA